AUGAAAACCAAGCAGACCGCUCGUAAGUCUACCGGAGGCAAAGCCCCCAGGAAGCAGCUGGCCACCAAGGCUGCCCGUAAGAGCGCCCCGGCCACCGGCGGCGUGAAGAAGCCUCACCGUUACAGGCCCGGUACCGUGGCUCUGAGAGAGAUCCGUCGCUACCAGAAAUCCACGGAGCUGCUGAUCCGCAAGCUGCCCUUCCAGCGCCUGGUGAGAGAAAUCGCUCAGGACUUCAAGACCGACCUGCGCUUCCAGAGCUCCGCUGUCAUGGCUCUGCAGGAGUCCAGUGAGGCUUACCUGGUCGGCCUGUUCGAGGACACCAACCUGUGCGCCAUCCACGCCAAGAGGGUCACCAUCAUGCCCAAAGACAUCCAGCUGGCCCGUCGCAUCCGCGGAGAGCGAGCUUAAACUGUCUGCUGCUCCACAAACCACAACGGCUCUUUUAAGAGCCACCUCACUCUUCACUGAAGGGCUCAUUCCUCUACU